AUGUAUAAAUAUAAUUUUUCGUUGAUAGACCGUAAAGCUCACCGUAAUGGUAUUAAAAAGCCAAAGACUUAUCGAUGCCCUUCGCUUAAAGGGGUUGAUCCAAAAUUCCUUCGUAACCAACGUCAUGCCAAAAAGGGUACAAUCGCGGCUUUAAAAAAACGACGUGAAGAAGCAAAAUAA